UCAACUUCCUAUGCUCUAAUGAGUUUAUAAUUUCGUUUUCUAAAUGUUCUCGCUUAUCAACUGUGCAAUACACUUGGAUUCAGUUUACAUCCCUGUUGUUUACAUGUUUAUAUAAUAUCUAGUUAUGCGCAAUGGAUGAACCGGGCGAAUUAAACGUGUUGGAAGAGCUUAAGAACAAACUGGACAGCGAACUUGAUACCUGCCAGCGGUACCAGAUCUUGCAGUUAAUGAAGCGACAUCUUGGUCCUGUGUAUGGGGAAUUCCUAGCGAGGGAGGACGAUUGGAGUCCCAGCGAAUUACUCGACUACUUAGAAAACAAUAUGCUGGAAUCACAGGCUCUUACAAUACUUUCACACAUCUUCAGUGAAAUGCGACUUCACAAUACAACGACAUAUGAGCCGUUUAUAGACUAUAUUAAUAAAUACUUUGAGGCUAAAGGAUGUUUUUAUCAUGACGAUUUAAUCGGGCGAAAGAAGGAAUUGGAAGAUAUUAAAAUGGAAAUUGGGACACGAAAAGGAGUCUGGGUGUAUGGGCAAGGUGGCCUCGGUAAAACGACGCUUGUAAAUGAAGUUUGCACGAGGAUGAAGAAUGUGAAAAAAACACUUGUCAAAAAAGUGAACCUAAAACAAACACAGUUUCUAAGCACUAUGAUGAAAUUGAUCAUCAAGCAGUUUAAUGCAUCGUUCAAUGAAGAUGUCGAGGAAGAUCUUAGCAUUGAAACCGUCACAGUCUGUCUUAAAGAGACGCUUAAUAAAGAAGGAAGAGACCUUCUGCUGUUUUUGGACAAUGUUGAGAACGUAUACGAAAGAGAAAAAGAGUUUCCGGCAACUAUAAAUUCUCUUCUGCGCAUCCAUAAAAACGUCAAAUGGAUUAUGACAUCCCGGCUGCCGUUUGAAAGUUCGGAAGAAGAUUUGUGUCACUAUAACCUUGGACCAUUGUCAUCCAUGGACGCACAAACUCUUUUGAGGCUAUACUGUAGGCCUGUACGUUUCCUGUGUAGAUUACGGCGAAGAACGUAAACAAAAACUUCAACAGCAGAUAAACGCGUUAAAGAAAGUUCAUGAGUGCAUUUUGAAUAAAGGUCCGUUAUCAGAAAAGCAUAAGCCGAAUUUCCUGAGAAUGUACCGACGUAUUGCAAAUAAUGUGCUCACAGAGAAAUCGGCAAUAGAAGAUUUUUGCAAUAGGUACGAAUCCAACAGACAUCUCUACUCAGAUUCGGAUUCAGACACUUCGGAAUCUGACAGUCAAUAUGAUUCGUCGUCCAACAAUUCAAAUGCAGACAGUGGAACAGAAGAGCCAAUGAAUAUCAAUAUGGCUCUGCUUUGCAUGCCACCAGCAAGUGGUUCUCGUAAAAGAUCACAUGAAGACUCUGAUUCCGAGUCGGUUGACAGUCCACGUCGAUCCUAGAUCUGUGAAGAACGUUAAGUGGGCGUUUUAACUAUACAGGACGUUUAAAUGAUACUUUUGAUCACAGCAUCCACGUUGAUCCUAUAUAUGCGCAGAACUUUUAGUGGACGUUUUAUAAAUACUGUCUCAGUGUUAGUAAAUUGAAAAUGACAAAAAAACAGGAUGCUGUGCGGUUUCGGCUGAAGGAAAAACAACUGUUCCUCUAUGAUGAUUUACUUCAUACAAUUGACGUGUGUUUCGUCAAAUGUCAAAGAAAAAUCAUAAGCAAAAACAUGUAUUACCGAUAUAUGAUUUUAAUUACAUUCGAAAUUUAAUAGACUGCGUGGAAUAGUGGUAGCGUGUUACCUUUUGCUUCUAGAGGCUUCGGAUGUGAUACCAAGGACAGGCUCAUAUGUUUUUUGUAUGUGUUUGUUUUAUAAUUAUUUUCAACUAUUCCAAAUAAUUGAAGUUGGUGAUUAAAUUAAUGUUAUUAAAUGUUUACAUAUUCAUUCGCAAUAAUUUUUAUUGCUGACGAUGAAACUUUAAAGAACGUGUUGUUAAUUAUAAUUGUAAAUUAAAAAUUUAGUAUUUAUGGUUUAAUAGUUGUAUUUAUAUUCAUUUAUAUAUUGAAUAUUAUCCUGUUUUUUUAUUGUUUCAUCUUUAUUCUGCAAUAAUAAAGUUUGAAAUUUUGCAAAAUCAAGUAAACUUUGGAUUAAAACAACAUGUGUGGAGUAUAAUUAUACCAUCGAAUAAAUCGACCGUCGCAACCUGUUGCCAUUCAGUCGAUCUAAAAAAGACUUGAUUUAGAUCGUUGUCCCCUCGUCCCCUCGUGACACGCGAACGAUAUAUUGUCGACGAUAUAUGUAUUGUCAUGUGAUCAUAUUGUAACACAUGUAAACCUUAGUGGGUGGGGUAAUAUUUAUUGACUAUUUGAUAUUUAACCUAUGUUUCGAAUGCUGUCUGCAGUUAAGCUAUAGUAUUGUAUGAGACUCUAAUGAUAACAGACGAUUGUUGGAGUUUAAAUCCAGAUUCUUGUAAAGUUAUUGUACACAUGUUCACUUAGUGUUAUUUAACCCUAGGUGGCGUUGUAGCUGAGAAUGACGUCACUAUUACGUAAACAAUCUGCUGUAAACUGUUUUUAUACUGCAUCAAUUUUUAUUGUUUUAAAAUACUAUUUGCAUUUAAAAUAGCAAAUAUGCAGGUAAUUUAUGUAGUAGUAUAUAUUAUAUUGUUAAUACAUAUUGAAAUGUUAUAUUUUUCAUUAAACAAUCCAAAGUUAUUGGUGAUUCUGUCAGUCUUCUGCUGUUCACGUUAUGACAUUCUAAUACUUAGCAGAAUUCUGCGGUAACAUAAUAUCUGAGAGUAUAAAAGGCCGUGAGUUCUGAGUUUGAAUCACUCUAACCAGAACGGUUGGGUCGGUAGGUGAUAACACAAGAAUAUGAGAAUAAAAGAAAGACAAAGGCUUUGAAAGUUGAUGGUUUGUAAUUGACAACCUCAUAAGAAAAAGAAAUAUAAACAUACAAAUAUAACAGAAAAACUUGCAGGAUUUUAACAGAAAACUUGCAGAAUUUUAACAGAAAACUCACAGAAUUUUAACAGAAAACUUGCAGAAUUUUAACAUAAUUAUUAACUUAUAACACUUACUUUUCUCAUGUAAUGUUAUCAUUGACAUAAAUGUAUUAUGUUCAUAAAUGUGUGAUAUGAUGAAAAUAAUAAAUGAUACG